AUGGUUAAGAAAUACAAGAUAACCUACACUACGGGGGAGGCAAAGGCAUCCCCUAAGAUAGGCCAUAUGGAUUCUUCCCACAUUCAGUCUCGCAUCAUACAUCUGGCAGAUACGGUUUUCGUAGGAUGGGCAGUCGAAGUACUAGGCGAUAUUACCGACAACGUGACAGAGAAGAGUUACUUCCCUCCAGGUGACGGAGAAGCUGUGGAAAUCGAUGCGAAGUGGGGGCUGAACAAGCGUCGACAUGCUACAGCUGGAUGUACCAAAAUUGUGACUGAACACACCAACGAUUCCGACUACAUCAAAAGGAUCAAGUUUAUCAUGAAAUGGCUGUGCUGGGAAGAAUGGACGUGUGACCCCAUUCAUCUCGGGAACCAAGAAGAGCUCGAGGAAGUUCAACCUAGUUGGGAAUUUUGUGGACGAACGUGCGGACGGGGCAAUAAGGAUGACGAAGAUGAUGAGCGUGGGGACCAGGGAUGGAUAACUCGAACACUCUUUGACGCAGUCGAACAAACUGAAGUGCUUACCUACAAAGAAGCGGCCAGAGUCAGACGCGAAGAAGCCGAAAAUGUUCAAGUUGUACGCUAUUUCGUCAGAGUCAAUGGUCGCAUGAAACCCAGGGAAGGCGGUACGAACUCCGAGCGUGUCCUCGAGAACAUCGAUCUCAUCAACGAAGAAAUAGCCAAGAAAGACCCGUGUAAAAGAUAUCUUUGGGAGACCUGGGUCCCUCCGAUCAAGGACGAUAAAAGUCUCACCGAUUUGCAGGAAAGUGAUGGAGGAUGUAUAAGAGUGCGAGAGAGGGGCGAGGACUAUGGCGACAAGGUUGACGAUAUUCACGAAGUUGACAAGAAAUGGUACAGAGAGGAAGGCCCUCAAUAUUCAGGAUCAGAAUCGGAGGACGACGAAGAAGAUUACUUUGAAGAAUGCUAUGAAGGAACAUGGUCAACUAGGGAUCGUGAGUCUUUCUUCCAAAGUCAGCAGGUUGUGAACAAUGCUGAUGACCAUUUAGUGCUCAUCGCACAAGACAAGGCCAUGAAAAUAGCUGACAGAUUUCCCAGUCGUCUCCGACUGGAGACAGUCCGCAAGAAGACGCUGCCUUCUACAGAGAAAAGAGACUUCAAAAAGGGGAGUAAGAUCCGCAAAGAGGAACGCUCACAGGAUAUCCUUCGGUGGAUGGAGCGUCAAGGGUGA